AGCCACCCAGGCGCCCAGGGUGAAAAUGGCAGGCUUCCUCGAUAAUUUCCGUUGGCCAGAAUGCGAAUGUAUUGACUGGAGUGAGAGAAGAAAUGCCGUGGCUUCUGUGGUGGCAGGCAUAUUGUUUUUUACAGGUUGGUGGAUAAUGAUUGACGCCGCCGUGGUGUACCCUAAGCCAGAGCAGUUGAACCAUGCCUUUCACACGUGUGGCGUGUUCUCCACAUUGGCUUUCUUCAUGAUAAAUGCUGUGUCCAACGCUCAAGUGAGGGGGGACAGCUAUGAAAGCGGCUGUUUGGGAAGAACAGGUGCUCGAGUUUGGCUCUUCAUUGGUUUCAUGUUGAUGUUUGGGUCACUUAUUGCUUCCAUGUGGAUCCUUUUUGGUGCAUAUGUUACCCAAAAUACCGAUGUUUAUCCAGGACUGGCUGUGUUUUUUCAAAAUGCACUUAUAUUUUUUAGCACUCUGAUCUACAAAUUCGGAAGAACUGAAGAGCUGUGGACCUGAAAGCACUUCUUAGAUCACAUUUCCUUUUGUUUUGUUAUAUUUGUAGAUAAGUUUUUCUCUCAACAUAAUUUACACAUUGCCAAAUGGGAUAGAUUGUACAUUAAGUGUUUUGUUUCUUGACACUUUUAUGCUCUGAGUUUUGAAAUAGUUUUAUGAAGUUUCUGUCCUUUUUUAAAAUCAUUGAAUAGAUUGUUAAUAUGUACAUAUACAAAACUAUAUAGAUGGGAUGAUGAGUAUCAGUUUUUUAUUCCUGAAGACUUAAAGCUUGAUCUGUUCCCUGAGCCAGGGUUGUAUCUUCAUGUCAUCUUGGAGUUUUGUUUUUAGUAUCUUUAGUUUUAGUAUCUUUAAUUUCUGAAGAUGUGCAAAAAAAAAAAAAAAAAAAUUUAGCUCCAUGCAUCUGAAAUAAGCACUGAGCCAUUAACAAGGGUAUUUCAGCAAGUUGUAAUUUAUUUUGGCUUAAAAAUGAGAUUUUUUAAAAGGAAAAAUGUUUGUUCUUAUGUAUUAAAGAAAUGGACUUUUAUAUGAAGAUUUUUUAAAUGCCUGAAGGACUAGUUUGAAAGCCUCUUUUAAAAACAGUUUCUCUAACGUGACUUUGAGAAGGGGUAAUGCGUGAUCAGGUGCGCUCAGUUUUAUGUGGUCAGUGUGAAAAGGCUGUGCGACAGGUCAGCAGCUUCGGGUAACAACAGCUCCAACGGUCUGUCUAAUGGGGCUCUCUGGGCGGGCUGCUCUUCUCUGACGCUCAAGUUCAGCAUCAAGUGAGUGUGAGACAGCUGCAGUGUAAGAGCAUGAACCAUAUAGCAAAAACUGGAAUAAUUAGU